AUGGCGACUGAGAAUCUCACCGAUAAGAAUGUUGUUUUCAGAAAACUGAAAUCAAAAUCCGAGAACAAGGUGUGCUUCGAUUGUAGUGCGAAGAAUCCAACAUGGGCUUCGGUUACUUACGGUGUUUUUCUAUGUAUCGAUUGUUCAGCUGUUCAUCGACGUCUCGGUGUUCAUAUUAGCUUCGUCAGGUCGACAAACUUAGACUCGUGGAGUCCUGAGCAGCUAAGAACAAUGAUGUUUGGUGGGAACAACCGAGCGCAGGUGUUUUUCAAGCAACACGGAUGGAACGACGGUGGCAAAAUCGAGGCUAAGUACACUUCAAGAGCUGCUGAUUUGUAUAGACAAACUCUUGUUAAGGAAGUUGCUAAAACCAUGGCAGAAGAUACUGGUUUAUCGAUGUUGUCCUCUGUUGCUACUUCUCAGUCAGCAGAAUCAUCUAAUAACGGGUUUUCUUCUGAGCCUCCAACAAAAGAGAGUUCUCCGGUUAAGCAAGAAGCAACGACAGUUGUCGCUUCUUCACCAAAAGCUUCUCAGACAGUUGUGGCUAGUACAUUUAAGAAACCUCUUGUUCCGAGAAAGACAGGGAAGACUGGUGGUCUUGGUGCUCGUAAGCUUACUACUAAGCCGAAAGAAAACCUCUAUGAGCAGAAGCCUGAAGAACCUGUACCUAUGAUUCCUGCUGCUUCUUCAACUAACAACACAUCAUCAGCUGGAUCAUCAUUUGUCUCUCGAUUUGAGUACUUCGAUGAGGAACAAUCUGGUGAGCAAAGUGGCACACGAGUGCUUAGCCAUGUUGCUCCACCAAAGUCGUCGAAUUUCUUUAAUGAAUUUGGAAUGGACAGUGCCUUCCCCAAGAAAUCAAGCUCAAGCUCAUCCAAAGUUCAGGUUGAAGAAACAGAUGAAGCAAGAAAGAAGUUUUCAAACGCAAAAUCGAUUUCCUCUGCUCAAUUUUUUGGAAAUCAGAACAGAGAUGCAGAUUUGGAAUCAAAAGCUACCCUUCAAAAGUUCUCGGGCUCAGCAGCUAUUUCAAGCUCUGAUCUUUUUGGUCGCGGACAAGAUGAUUCCAACAUUGAUAUCACAGCUAGCGAUAUCAUCAACCGAUUAUCUUUCCAGGCUCAACAAGAUAUUUCGACUCUCGCAGACUUUGCAGAAGAAACGAAGAAGAAGCUCGGUACAUUGGCCUCUGGUAUAUUCAGCGAUCUUCAGGACAGAAUGCUGUAA